GCACUGACUUGAUAGAAACGAACAGCUCGUGCAUGCUUACAAACAUCAGGCCAGGAGAGGCCUAGACUGUAAUGCUGACACAACGUCGUGCGAAUGGCUGAUAGUGGCCUGCAAGGCGUAAUUUAGUACGCCCGUAUCGCUGGACUUUCAACGUGACCACUGCUUGAGACCGUCAGCAACAGUCGAAUCCAUGGCUAAAAGUCUUACUCGAGGCCCCAGUAGAAGACUCUGAUUGACUUGUACCUGUGUAAAAGUGUUCGUUCCGGGCACCAGCUGCACAUUCUAUGGAGCCAACGACGAAGAGGAGAAAGCGCACUCGCGCAGCCACUCCGUCGCCUGAGGAUGACGAAGGUCGCAGACGUGGUCGUCCCCGUGUUCACAAACACGAUGCUUCAGCCGCUGACCGCCGCCGGACGCAGAUUAGACUCGCCCAGAGGGCAUACCGGCAGCGCAAAGAGAGUACUCUGGAAGAAUUGCGAGGUCGCGUAACCAAUCUCACUAACACGCUAGAGUUGGUGAACAAGCUCUUUAGGGACUUCAGGCACAGACUCUCUACUACUGGUUUGUCGAGCGCUCAGAGUGCGGAGGUGGACGAGACAGCAAGCCAACUGGAAGUGUUGCUGAAGACCGUACGGAACUCGGAAGAUGCACCUAUGCAGCCGAUACCGCAGGCGAAGCCAUCGUCACCUGAGCCGGUAGUAGUGUCAGCUCGAGAACCGAUAGCUCACGGGGAAGAUGUAUUAAUCAACAUUAAGAACACUGCUUCGUGGCUAGACCAAUCGGCUUUGAAUCAUCAGCCCAAAGUGUACGCCGGCUGGGGUGGCUACGUGGUGACAGACUCAAAUGAAGAACGGUGGAUCUUCACGCGCGAACCGCCAACUGAAGAAGCUGACAAAUAUCCUGUCGUGUACCAUUCGAGGCCUGUAUCUCCCGCCUUCCGCGCACGCAGAGCGCCUGAACUUCCGCCGACUGAAACGUACAGCUUCCAAGAGACGACUUUCGGCCGCCGUCUCCACCGUGCGUGCCUUGAAGCAGCCUACCUCGUGCUUCUCGACUCUGGAAGAGGGUCUAUGGACAAUUGGAAGGAACGCUUCCGGCUCUCACUUGCCUCCAAAAGCAAGGCGAAGAUUAUCGAGAGUAUCAAGUCCAUCCUUUCCCGCAGUACUGGCGAGAGUCUUGACUUCCACGAUGCACCCCUUAUCCACGUAGGCGGAGCGGGGACUCAUUAUCCGCGUAUUGAUUGUAACGGGAAGCUUCAGUUCCCGAAGGAAUCAUACGAUCUCGGUCUCAUAGGACCACAAACUCUAGCCUUACUUGAGAAAGCCGCUGAGAACAGUCUAAGCACUGAUAUGACUAUUGAGGUGUCCGGCUACGAGGGCACCUGGUUCGAUCCAUACGACGUCGAAGGAUACCUCAAAGAGCGUGGCAUCCGCAUCGAUGACCCUUCCGCUUCGUUCGUGGAAGCAGAGAUCACAGUGAGCUCGCCAGAAAGCAUGACGACAGGGUCAUCGCCCACAAGUCUGGAUGUCCCGGAAGCUUUCAACGCCAUAUCUAUGCAGACUACUGAUUUGGACGUUAUGCCGGAGGGUGAAGACUGGCUUAGCACGCUCAACUUCACAGAUGUAGGCUACAGCUCCGCAGUGGAUGGUGAUUGGAUGAAUUUCCUGGAGCCCGGGCACAACAUCGCAACUCCAACCCUCACUCAAUCGAUCACACAUCGAGCUCCAUACAGCGGUGGUAGCAUAACCGACCUGAUGCAGGAAUCGAUCAUUACUGCUCUUGAUGUGCAGAAAGAAUUUCGACCAUCAUACAAUUCCGCACCCCGCCCUUCAACCUGGCAGCACGCGGGCGUGCAGUCUGUGCUGAAGAAGCAAGUCAUCAUUGAUGUGUCGAAGCUCAUUCAAGCGCUUAACAAAGGAACAAUGUGUUUAGGUCGAACGCCAGGAUACAGGCAGCAAGAUGUCGAUCGUGCUCUAGCGGUGGCUUCGAUCGAUCUUUGAGAUGUUCUACAACAAUCAUAGUACGCGCUGACAUUUCAGCGUCGAGUUUGCACCAAGCACAGGGAAAGUAAUGCAGCUCAUUUGAUUUUCGUGAAUACAACGCAUUACGAUGCUAAGUAGCAGACAAACCACGUUAAAAGAGCCGCCGACUUCGAGGUGCGGUAGUGAAAAGUCAGGUAGACCAAACACAGCAUCGCAGAGAAGAGCAGCUCUGCACAACAAUCCCUCUGCAUCAUUCCAGAAGGA